AUGACAGAUGCACGCUUUCUCCAUGACCUGGCGGUCAAAUGCAAGCCUGUCGCGACCGCCAAACCCACGACAAUAUGGGUCGCCAUCCUUCGAAUUGACAAAGUGCCUAGUGAAGACAGCACAGAGGAGGAUUUUCUUUGGAUCAAAUGCCACUCAAGGAUCGAAACAAAGACCAUUCGUGAUCAAUACCAGCUGAAAUGCCCGCCAUGCGAACGCUGGGUCCUGAAGCACGAGUCUAAAUUAGCCAACCUCACUGCGACAAUGGCGGAUCUUGAUACGUACAUGGACAAAGUCAUCGUCUUCGAGGCAAUCAAGGCUUCAGACGCCAGUCAUCAGGUCACUCGUCAGCCUCUCCAACCUACCAACGCACAAAUUCUCUCUCCUACCAGAAGAUCUUCGCAUAAAGCUGCAGAUAUCAAACCGAGCCUUGACGGCGCGUCAGACGAGAACCAUACCCCACUAUCCCACUCUGCGGUCAGAAAUCGCUUGACUCCUCACUCGGGGGCCACAUCCCCAUUAUCGACAUCCGAUCAUGCCGGCGGAAGUGUCGAUAUGGCUGGUUUCGAUCGGUACUAUGCCGAUUUGCAUGACAGAAUUCAGGUGUCGUACCCUGAUUACAGUGACGGACAACUCCGCGACGCUCUUCGCCGGAUUUGGAUCAAUGAGUCUGAAUCUGAGAGAGCCAAUUACGCUGCAAAGCCAGUCCCGUUCGAUCACCGAGUCCACGGCAUCAAGACUGAGCCAACUGCGGAAACAAAAUUUCACGAGACGCCUCCCUUGGUUGAGCCUCCAUUAUCUGCUGCUGAACUCGAAGAGCAGAAGCACAAGAGCUUCCAGCUUCAAACGCUUCUCAAAGAUGCAGGACCCAGGAUGCUGGAAGCGAGUGUAGAGCAGGGUGUCAAGCUUCUUGAUCAGCUCAAAGAUCCUCUGCUCAACAAGAUGGGAACCAGCCCCGAUGCCGAGCAGUGGAUCCAACAAAUUGACAAUCUCAUCAAACAGGCUGUCAGAACCAAGACUGUCAUUGGUGUUGUUGGAAACACUGGCGCCGGAAAAUCUUCAGUGAUCAACGCCAUGCUUGACGAGGAGAGACUUGUACCUACCAACUGUAUGAGAGCUUGUACAGCAGUCGUCACUGAAAUCUCGUACAACUAUGAGGAGAAGCCAUACCGUGCGCAGAUUGAGUUCAUAUCGCCCGCCGACUGGGAAAAAGAACUUAAUACUCUAUAUCAGGAUCUCUUGGACGGAGAUGGCAAAGUCUCACGAGAUUGUGCGAAUGAGGAUACUGACGCCGGUAUCGCGUAUGCAAAGAUAAAAGCAGUUUAUCCUCGCAAGACCAAAGAAGACAUAGCCAACAGCAGUAUCCAAACUAUGUUGCGAGAAGUAUCCCAUAUCCUCGGUAAGAGUAGAGAUAUUGAGGAGAAGGAUUCGCUCGUGUUCUACAAGAAAUUGCAGAGUUUCGUUGACAGCAAAGAGAAGUCUACCAGCAACAAGGACAAAGACAAGAAAGAGCGCAGAGAGAUGGAGGUGUGGCCAUUGAUUCGAGUGGUCAGAAUCUAUGUCAAGUCUCGAGCACUUGCUACCGGUGCUGUCAUUGUGGAUCUCCCGGGUGUUCAUGAUGCCAAUGCUGCCCGUGCCGCUGUAGCAGAAGGUUAUAUGAAGCAAUGCACUGGACUGUGGAUCGUGGCUCCGAUCAACCGCGCGGUGGACGAUAAGGCAGCCAAGUCGUUGCUUGGGGAGUCGUUCAAGCGACAGCUGAAGAUGGAUGGGGGUUUCAAUUCAGUCACCUUCAUUUGCAGCAAAACAGACGAUAUUAGCCUCGAAGAAGCACAGGACUCACUUGGCCUGAGCGAUGAAAUGGAGCCCGAUUGGGAAGAGCUGGAAAAGCUUGUGAAAAAGACCAAGUUAAUGAAGAAGCAGAUGGACGAGAUGAAAGACACAAAAGCUGUUUACGGUGAAUCCAUGAACGACAUCGACGAGCAAAUAGAGAUCUGGGAUGGCUUGAAGGAAAAACUUGAAGGUGGAAAGACCGUCUUCCCACCCAAAUCGGAGUCUGCGGGCAAGAAACGAAAAGGCAAGGGCACUGACAGAGCCCGCAAGAAGCAGCGGAGAACGAAGUCAAGCGACGACGAAGGCGACGACGUUGAGGAAAGCGACUACCACAGUGAUGACUCGGACGAAUAUGGAAAAGGGUCUGAAAACGAGUCUGAAAGUCAAGAACCAUUGACCGAGGAGCAAAUAGUGGCAAAGCUUCAAGAGCUUCGCGCAACUAAAAAGGAAGCCCGAGCCCAGAGAGGUGAGAUUACGGAGCGUAUCAACCAAAUGCGAAAAGAGAUCGACGAAAGUAAGAAUGCUGAAGAAAAGAUCGAGAGCAAAAUGUCUGCGAUGUGCAUUGAGGGAAGGAACGCAUACUCCAAAGGCGCCAUCCAGCAGGAUUUUGCCGCUGGUAUCAAAGAGCUCGACCAGGAACUUGCCGCUGAAGAGGACGAGGAGAACUUCAACCCCGAUGCUGAGAUCCGAGACUAUGAUGAAGUUGCCCGGGGAUUACCCGUCUUCUGCGUCUCCUCUCGUGGCUACCAGAAGUUGCAGGGUCGCCUUCGCAAGGACCCUCACAUAGCCGGAUUCACAAACAUUGAGGAGACCGAGAUCCCUCAAUUGCAAACUCAUUGCGAAAAGCUAACGGAGACGGGCCGAUCAGCCAAUUGUAGAACUUUCAUCAACAAGCUGAGCCAGCUCCUGAACUCAUUGACCCUCUGGGCGUCCAGCGAUGGCACUAGCGCAAAUAUGACCGCCGAACAGAGAGCAAGAGAAGCAAGAUACUUACAUAAGGGGCUGAAAUCGCUUGAGAGUGGCCUCGAGACUGCCGUCAAGACCGCUUGCAAGGAACUUGGUGAUGAAUUCGCGGACAACAUCUACGACAAAUACGGUAAGUGUGCGAAUUGCAAGAUUGUGGAUACAGGCCUGACGGAGACCGCAGAAACCGCAAUUUCGAAUGCCACGAACGAUUCAAUCGCGACUGCUCUCAAAUGGGGGGCACCUGUCAAUCGCGAAGACCGUGCAGCGGGUGGACUCCACUGGAGCACCUAUAAAGCCAUUUGUCGACGUAACGGAAUCUAUACAAAUGGUCAAGGACCGCAUGAAUGGAACGUGGAGCUCGCUGAACCUAUGAUGAAACUGCUCGCUUCUGGAUGGGAGAAGGCCUUUUCACGCCGCUCUCCAAUGGUGAUGGCCAGCUUCGCCCGCAAUGCAGCUGCUUCCCUGAAAAACUUUCAUAAAGACAUUGAGGCCCGAGCUCGUCAAAUAGGUACAGGCAUCGCCGGCGUCCACAUGUUGCAGCAGCAGGUCGGAAACUACGAGAAUCUCCUGAAGGACCUCUCUGCGACUGUGAAGGAUAUGAUCAAUACUAACCAAAAGGAGAUCAAUCGCGAAUUCGUUCCAGUCAUCGAGCAAGCGAUGGCGGCUGCUUAUGAGGCAUGUGUCGAGGAGCGAGGUACCGGGAGCUUUGCGCGUAUGAAAGCAGCAAUGAAUAGUCACGUCGCCCAGGAGCGCCAUACCAUGUUCCAGUCGAGCGCUGAGAACGUCAAAACCCGGCUGAGUGUCAUGCUCAAAGAGCUGGAAGUGUACAUGAACGAUAAAGCUGACGAAGUGUACAUUGCGAUGCGACGCGAUUACAACUCGGUUCUGGGCGGCGGUGAAGUACCUCAGAAUGGCGAGAUUUUACCAAAGACGCAACGCCUUGUGCGUAAAGAGAUGAUGCGUAUCAUCAACGGCGUAGAAAAGGUAUUUCAGAAGAUUGCUGGUUUGGAGGUCAAAGAUGAGGAUGAUGAGGAUGAUAACAAUGUCGCUCACAGCAGUGACGAUGAGGAUGGAGGCCGUGUUGUUCGCAAGAAAGAGGAGGGUGAAAACACCAAGGUUAAGAGAGAGGCGAGUCCAUCCAGGCAGCUUGAGGAUCAAGCCUCCCUCGACGAGCCAAUGGCAGGCCCAGACUCUGAUUGCGAGUCAAAAACGAAGCUGGAGAGUCCCGAAGCCCAGGAGCGAUUGGACGGUCUUGUUCCGGUCGACAGCGGCGAUUCAGAGGGAUCGGAGAGCUCUGAUGGUUCCGGAUCGAGUUGA